AUGCGCAGAUCCUCCCGCCCUGCAUCUCACGCUGCGCGUGCACGGGUUCUCAAGAUCUCGAAAGAGGUGGACGACUCUGAUGCCUUGAUGGACGAGGACGAGGACGACGACGUCUCCAGGCGGCCCGCACGCAAGCGCCAAAGGACCGCCGCGAGCCCAAAGACAAAGGACCAAGCAAAGGCAAACAAUACCACCGUAUGUCCUCGCCGUGGAGGUCGGCCUUCCGGCUUCCAGGACCUGCCGCUUGAGCUGAUCAUGGAGGUGUGUAGACACAUGCACCCAAGCGCGCUUCUCCAGUUCUCGCGUACGAACAAGACCUUCCACGGCCUUCUCAUGCGCCGGGCGUCCAUCGACAUAUGGAAAGAGAGCUAUGCGUCUGCGGAGGACCUCCCGCCGAUGCCAGACGACCUGACCAUACCCGAAUUCGUAUGCCUCGCUUACGAAAGGUACUGCGAGUUCUGCUCCGCGCCCAACUCCACGACCUACUGGACCGCGCGAGUCCGCUGCUGCAAGAAAUGCUCCUCGGACGAAAAUAUAUUUCUAACCGGGGAUAUAGCGAGAGAGGCGCUCGUCGUAGCCUCUGUGCCAUAUUAUAGCCUAGACAAAUACCUUCCGGUUUACGAAACCCCAUCUGGAUAUGACAAUAUGCUUCCCACUUUCUGGGUGGAGUCGUUCCUCGAGGACUACGAACGCGAAGUGGUCCAAAGUACGGACAAGACACGUGAGCACUGGUUGGACGAGCGUGAAGAAGCCUUCAAGAGGAUCAGAGAGCAUGCUCAAAUCUGCGAGAUUUGGGCGAGUAGACGUCAUGCGAACAGGAAAGCUGAGCUGGAGCAACUCCGACAGCAGCGAAAAGAAGAUAUCGCGCGACGCUUGACAGACCUGGGAUGGGGUAAUGAGAUCGAAAAGCUGGGUAUAGAAGUUCUUGGGAAGCAUAGACUGGUGCGCACGUCCCAAGUGGUGACAGAUAGAAAUUGGCAUAAAAUUGAAGCCGCCCUGGUCAGCUACAUGGAGGAAGUCAAAGCCGGACGCCUCGCGAAGGAGAAGGUGGAAACCAUUCAAAAACGUUAUCGGCUGCUCACCAAGGUUUACGGCGAUUUCUGCCGUGAUCAGCCUGUUCGCGCUAUACUUCCCGGCGUCGGCGAUAUUGCCACCGUUGCGACGGUCGUGCACCUCAUUGAGGACACGCUAACUCAUGUUGAGCUCACAGAGCCAACGCUCCGCGCUGUCCUCAACAACAUACCUCAACGGUUCUUCGACGAGUGGCGCGAGCGGUGCGAUAACGCCCUUCUCAAGGUGCUCAACAUCCGCCGUCGCACGAAUCCCGCAACCAAGGCCGAUCUCGAACUCGCAACGACCGUCUUUACGCGGACGGACCUUAAGAUGGAGUUUCCCUACCCCAAUGUUCUCGUCGCGCGGGACAUGGUGCGGUGGAGGUUCGAGGAGCUUGAGUCGCCCGCGCGUGCACACUGCGGCCAGAAGUCGUGGUCGACGGAGUACCUUAGCGUGUCAUACGCGCAUAUCGCGAAGCAGCUCGUCGUGCUCGCGGGUAUGGACCCAAAGAAGGCGACGGCGGAGGAUAUGGACAGGAUAGACCCAUGGUACAUCUGUACGAACGACUAG